ACUAAUCGUGUUCACUAUAGUUUUCAUUGAAUGUCUAAAAAAGAAAUACAUUUUGCCAGUUUACGACGUUUUUUCUCAACAAAAACGAAAUAGCAGAAAACGUUUAAAAAACAAGGUACUUAUUCGUAUUUCUUCCUGGUAUUACACGUUGCCUAACCCUGUCGAAGUACUUGUAUCCUUCUAAAAUAAUCCACAUCCAAUGGCAUGUAAGUAACACAUGCGUAACUAUAUUAACUAUGUGUAGGUACGAGUACUUAUAGUUUAAUAUUGAGUUUAAAAAGGAUCACAGGCAAUUAUUUUUAAACUUCGAAAUGUCGCUUGUCACCCGAAGAGCACCCUGUAGCCGCCGCAGGAACUAAGAAUCAUUAUAAGAUAUUCCAUCCACCGUCGCCUGGACCAAUCACCGCGGACGGUCCGCCAGCACCGCAUCUAGUCACACAGUUGUGCAGUGUUAGCAAUGGCGAGAGGUCAACUUGCUUGUGUGUUCGCGCUGAGUCUUUUGGGGAACGCUUUAUCUGUUCCUGUGGACGUGCCAAGACAUAGGAGAGGAUACAAUGACAAUGAGCUGGAUUCAGAUGAAUUUUCGCGGAGUGAUUUGAUGAGCACAGAUACCUCAGUAGAUGAGGCUUCAGUAGCGCCCAUCAAUCCGGCAGUCACCCUCCCACCCGUCUCCAACACCUACGAAGACAAACGGAAAGAGUUCCAAGCAGCAGAAUCCUUUGAUGACGACGAUGAUGAUUUCCCCGAGAUGCAGACCUCAUCGACAGGAGGUGGUGGGAGCAACAUCAUCAGUUUGUUGAACUUGGUGAAUGGGCUGUUCCCGUCAUCUGGAGGUGCUAACUUUCAGAGAAUACUUCGCAGUAUGCUUCGAGAGUUUAUAAGACGUUACCCACAACCACUGCUCCUACCUCAAAACAAGCUAAUACGAAGACAAGGAAUUUUUGAUAAUGAAAUCGACAUUGACGAAACGUUCGACUUGAGACCACCUCCUUUCCAAAGGCAAGAAAGCGAUGAGAAUGGUUCAACCAGCGACAGUAAUGUAUCAGAAACGAAAGAGUCAGAUAAUGAUUCAAACAGCGAUAGCAAUGUAUCAGAAACUAAAGAGUCAGAUGAACCUAAAAAAAGUCAGGAAAAAUCAGACGAACAUGAUUCUGAUGAAAGCAACGAAUCUGACGAAAACGAUGCUGGAGAAAGUUUAGAAGACGAUGACGGUGACGAUAAUGGGGACAAUAAUGCGUCUCAGCAAGACGAGGAUUCUAAGCCGGCGUCGAAUGGGAAUGGAGAUGAUAGCAAUGGCGAUAACGAUUCUGAUUAUGAUGACGAUGAGCCGCCUGGAGGCGGGGACGGACAAGGCGGCGGUAUCUUGGGAAUACUGGCUGGGUUGAGCGGUGAUAACGGCGAGUCAGAUCUGGGUUCUUUACUGGCAACGAUCAGUGGUAUUGUGGUGAAUCUCAGUGGUGACGGUAUAGAUCUGAACAGUCUCAUAGCGUCCGGGAUAGGACUGUUCGUGGGUCUGUUGUCAGAGGGCGAAGAGAACCCGGGCACCAUAAUAGCGCAGUAUCUUUUGACGUCUCUGGAGACUAUCACUGGAGGUGGCGCAAAAAAUAACGGAGCAUUCUUUGGAAAAUUCUUAUCUAAACUAAUUAGCGGAACUAGUGCGGGCGAGGCUCCCGAGGGAGCCUCAGACGAGAGCGGUGAGCAGCAAGGCCCAAAGGACUCCGCCGGGUUCAUAGCUAGCCUGCUCAUGGGGCUCUCAGGAGACAUGUCCAAAACCAGCUCGGCUGGAAGCUCCAAAUGGUGAUCUGGUUUCGUCGGUGUUGGUUCAUUUUCUUCGAAAAGUUAGACUAUGAUUGUAGGAGUAUCCUGGUUCCAACAGUGUAGUUUACGAACGUUGGCGAAGCAUUUUGUUGUCUGAUGAUAUUCCAUGGCUUGGCUUAUAAAAUAGUAGCAUUCCAAAACUUAGCAUUCUGAA